CCAACUCAGACUGUCAUGCCUGGUCAGGUAAUGCGUGUUACAACCGGUGCUCCAAUUCCAUGUGGUGCUGAUGCAGUGGUGCAAGUGGAAGAUACAGAGCUCAUCAGGGAAUCAGAUGAUGGCACUGAAGAACUAGAGGUUCGAAUCCUGGUACAAGCUCGACCAGGCCAAGAUAUCAGACCCAUAGGACAUGACAUUAAAAGAGGGGAAUGUGUGCUGGCUAAAGGAACCCACAUGGGUCCGUCUGAGAUUGGUCUCUUAGCAACUGUUGGAGUAACUGAAGUAGAAGUUAACAAGUUUCCAGUGGUUGCAGUUAUGUCAACAGGGAAUGAGCUACUGAAUCCUGAAGAUGACCUCUUGCCAGGAAAGAUUCGGGACAGUAACCGUUCAACUCUCCUAGCUACAAUCCAAGAACAUGGUUAUCCAACAAUCAACUUGGGAAUUGUGGGUGAUAACCCAGAUGAUUUACUGAAUGCACUGAAUGAGGGUAUCAGCCGUGCUGAUGUGAUCAUUACAUCAGGAGGUGUGUCUAUGGGGGAAAAGGACUAUCUUAAACAGGUGCUGGAUAUUGAUCUUCACGCACAGAUUCACUUUGGCAGAGUUUUUAUGAAACCAGGCCUGCCUACAACUUUUGCAACUCUGGAUAUUGAUGGCGUAAGAAAAAUAAUCUUUGCGCUCCCAGGCAACCCUGUGUCAGCUGUUGUCACCUGCAAUCUCUUUGUUGUUCCUGCACUGAGGAAAAUGCAGGGUAUCCUGGAUCCUCGGCCCACCAUCAUCAAAGCCAGGUUAUCAUGUGAUGUAAAAUUGGACCCUCGCCCAGAAUAUCAUCGCUGCAUACUGACUUGGCAUCACCAAGAACCACUACCUUGGGCACAGAGCACAGGGAAUCAGAUGAGCAGUCGUCUGAUGAGUAUGCGCAGUGCCAAUGGACUGUUGAUGCUACCUCCAAAGACAGAGCAGUAUGUGGAGCUUCACAAGGGGGAGGUGGUGGAUGUCAUGGUUAUUGGAAGGCUAUGAUGUCACCAGCAAGAGUGAAGCUUUGAUGCAUGUCCACAUAUCAUUGACUGUAUCCUGUAAUAUGCAACGGCACAGCUAGUUUUUCUGAUUUGGAUAAAAGUUGAUCAGUAUAGUCAACAUCUUGAAUUAUAUUUCAAAUGGAAUUUACAUAAAUACCUUUUAAAAAAAACUUUAAAACAAAUCUUAACAAAGAAAUUUAUUCUGAUCAUAUCAAAGCAACUUUUUCCUUUCCUUGCAAUUGCUUUGUGUGUUCAAUGCUAGUUCUAAUAGCGGUAGCUUUUAGUAGAAAGCAGUAGGUGCCUGCAGAACUUGUGUUUUUUCUCAUCUUUAAGAUACAACUACUUAUGCUCUUAAAACAAGGCUGUCUGCUUAUUUAUACUAGCGUAGACAACACUUGGAUUUCCCUUAUUAGUAUGCUUCAUAACCGCUUCACAGAGAGCUUCUGCUUGUUCUUUAUCUUGUAUCUCGUGUUGAUGUGCACAGUGCCAAAAGCAGAGUGGCUGCACUGGGAACCCAAUGAAGCCCCAAGGUGUUCUCACCUUGCUGCACAUUCAGGGAUCUCUCUUGUCCCAGCAGCCACCCAGCUCAGUACUCUCGGGCAGUAACUGGAGACCUUUUAUUUCAACAAACAAAAAAAUUGCUUCCUUAAGUGCUGACAGCCUUUUUAACCAAUACAUUUAAAAAUGUACAGAACUAAAAACUAAAAAAAAUCAAAGACUGAUCUUGUACAGAUAUUAGUGUUACCAGCACUCGUGUGGAAAUUAAAUGAGCAAAGAAAUAAAACUAAUGUUAAACGACUCUGUACCAUAACAUUUUCUGUAAUGAUAUUGAAACUUAAAUGAAUAAAAAAAAUUCCACAAUUAUUUAAAA